AUGGACGACUCGACAAUUGUAUUUAAUAAGAAUAAUGAUAUAUAUUUGAUUAAUAAGGAGUUGAAAAAAUCUCUGUUGUCCUUUAAAAAUCGAUUGCAAUCAAUUAUCUACGACUCCAAUUUUGUAAAUUUAGUUCAUCAAAAUUUAAAUCUCCCAAUUAUCGCUAAUGAAAGAUGUGGAUUAUGGUACACGUCUGAAAAAUCUGGAUCAUGUUACUUUAAAUCAACUGAUGGACAUACCAAUGUUUGGAGCUUUUCAACAAGAAGAUUAAAUUUACAUUUAUUGCCAAUCAUUCAACAAAAUGGAGGAAUUAUAAUAAUUGAUUCAACUAGAAGAGGUAAACCAAUGCCAGACUCAUUACUCAAAACUAUACCUAUUUGGUGUUCUGUAUUGAAUUCAAUACUAUACGAAGAGGAAGAUGAUUUCUGGUUAAAUCUACCUGAGAUUGUGCCAAAACAUGAAUAUAAUUCUAUUUUGAAACUAAUUCCGUCUUUUAUACAGACCGUUCGAUCCAUGAAUCUAUUUAGUAAAGAAACACAGAAAUUAAGGAAACCUUUGAAAACAAUAUGGUUAUACCCAGGGUGUGACCCACAAAUUUUGAAUGAUGAUGCUUAUAAUAUUUGUCUAGUAUCGGUGUCAAAACAAGUCCCAAUUCAUAAGACAAUCCAAAUUAAGGCAAAAAAUGAUUCUAUACUUCACUUUGAUUAUGUUCAAGGGUCGGCCGAUGAUCAUGAAUUAUGGGUGCCGAGGUCUCUUUUGCCAACGUUUGGACCAACUCAAUUUUGGGAAAUUUUUGACAAAAUAGUAGAUAAAUCUACUGGUUAUCUACCUUCUUGGAUUAAUGAUGAUGAGUUAGAGGAAAUGAUUGGAAAACUAUUGCUACAAACCUCAGACAAUGGUGCUAAUGAGAUAGAGGUCAAUGCAGUUGGAGAUACAGGCCUUUAUAUCGGAUCAAUUAAUAGAAAUUAUGAAGCAAAAAAGGUACUGAAUUUUAAACAGGUUAUAGUUCUUAGUGAUAAGUUCAGAAUUAACGAAUAUCCUGAAAAGCAAGAGGGUAAUAUUGAUGCACUUAUUGCGAAUUAUUCCAUUCCAAAUAAUAAAAAGGGCUCGAAUAUAUUGAGGUCAAUAUUACCCGACAUAAUGUCCAAAUUUGACCCUAUACAAGUACCAUUGUUGAUAUUAUGUGGUUCAGGCUCCGACAUUAGUGUGGGUGUUUUAGCCUAA